CUGAGGCGCGGCGCGUGCGCAGCGCAGUGAGGGAAGAUGGCGGACAACGCGAAGGGGAGGCCCGGGGCGGCGGCGCCUCCCGGCGGCAAAGCGCUGACGGCGGAGCAGGUGGUGGCCAGGUUCAACCGCCUGCGGCAGGAGCAGCGGGGCCUGGCCUCGAAGGCGGCCGAGCUGGAGCUGGAGCUGAACGAGCACAGCCUGGUGAUCGAGACGCUGCGGGAGGUGGACCCCACCCGCAAGUGCUACCGCAUGGUGGGCGGCAUCUUGGUGGAACGAACCGUCAAGGAGGUGCUGCCAGCCCUGGAGAACAACAAGGAGCAGAUAAGUAAAAUCAUCGAAACGCUGAACCAGCAGCUGCAGACGAAGGGCCGGGAGCUGAACGACUUCCGGGAGAAGCACAACAUCCGCCUCAUGGGCGAGGACGACCAGAAGCAGCCCCCGAAGGAGAACGCCGAGGGGGCCGGAGCCAAAACCAGCUCGGCCGGAGUUCUGGUCUCCUAGGAGCUCGGUCACGCCGUCACGAAGGACUUUCCCCUCCUCUUAGCCUCCCUCUCCCUCCCUGUUAUUAUUUAGUGUUGUUUGUGUCAUAUUUUUGUUAAAUAAAUGUGGGGUUUUGGGUCACAA